AAAUAAAAUAAAAUAAAAUAAAAACUAAAUCGGUAUUCAAGUUCAAUUUUAGAGUUACCCGUGUUCUUUUAUCUCAAAUCUCUGCACUACUUGGCUGUAAACACAACAGUCUUACUACGAGCCACAACCAUUUCUCAGACUGUAGAGACAAAAAAACGGUACCGUUCCAGCCAAAAUUCAUUGUUCCCAAAAAAAAAAAAAAGCAUAAAGAGACAGAGAUAAGUCCAAAAGUUGACAUUAGCAGUGACAGAAAAGGAUUAAAAAAAAUGAAGGCAACAGAGAUUCUAAUGAAACCCAUCAGAAACAAUAACCAAAGCCAAACCCAGGUGAAGAUUGAAAAGCCCCCCAAACCCCCUUUCAGACCUGCAAAAGACGACACCAAGCCAGCCCUUCAAGACCCAAUACUGAGAUCGGACCCCAAUGACACAGAGGAAGCAGUGCUGCGUUUGCCUCCUUUUCCUGCACACAACUGAACCCAUCAAAAUUGUAUUCCCCAUUGCUCAAAUUCAACGCUUUCUUUAUUUUUUUAUUUUUUAUUUUUUGCUUUGAUUUUCAUGGAUUUUGGCAUUUUAAUGUAAGACAUUAAUGAA